GUGCGGUCCCCGCCCGCCCCCAGCGCCCGGGAGGAGGAUGCAGACGCCGUGGCCGGCGAUGAGGAUGGAGGCCGGGGAGGCAGCGCCUCCGGCGGGGGCGGGCGGCCGCGCCGCAGGCGGCUGGGGCAAGUGGGUGCGGCUCAACGUGGGGGGCACGGUGUUCCUGACCACCCGGCAGACGCUGUGCCGCGAGCAGAAGUCCUUCCUCAGCCGCCUGUGCCAGGGGGAAGAGCUGCAGUCGGACCGGGAUGAGACCGGGGCCUACCUCAUUGACCGUGACCCCACCUACUUCGGGCCCAUCCUGAACUUCCUCCGGCAUGGCAAGCUGGUGCUGGACAAGGACAUGGCUGAGGAGGGGGUCCUGGAGGAAGCCGAGUUCUACAACAUCGGCCCGCUGAUCCGCAUCAUCAAAGACCGGAUGGAAGAGAAGGACUACACGGUCACCCAGGUCCCACCCAAGCACGUGUACCGCGUGCUGCAGUGCCAGGAGGAGGAGCUCACGCAAAUGGUCUCCACCAUGUCUGAUGGCUGGCGCUUCGAGCAGCUGGUGAACAUCGGCUCCUCCUACAACUACGGCAGUGAGGACCAGGCAGAGUUCCUGUGUGUGGUGUCCAAGGAGCUCCACAGCACCCCAAACGGGCUGAGCUCAGAGUCCAGCCGCAAAACCAAGGGUCCAACUAUCCUUGCAAAAGAGUCACCAGGAGGCUUGUUAGGAGAACAGAUGACACGUCCCCCGCCCUCCAGGAUUCCGAUGAAGACUGAGGUAGGGCCCAGGGUGAUUCCACAUCACCCAAAGUAUUCUGCGUGUGUUCUGCCCACCUGCUCUGGAGACGCUCCCUGCCCACCCAGCUGCUCCGGCUCGUCCUGGCAGGACCCAGGUGGGUGCUCCCCGUCCCUGGUUCCCCUUCUGCCUCAUUCACCCACAGACCUGGCAGCAGCGCCCAUGUUGGAAAAACCCCUCUUCAGUCUGGGGCCCCUCUGAAGCUCCCUCUCUCCCUUCGGCUCCCAGUUAGGCGUCUAGAAAGAGUUGUCCACACUUGACCGUCCACCCUCACCUCCAGCGGGUCCCCUGCCUCCCUCACAACUGCCCCCAGGGGUCUAAAAUCAUCCUCCAGUCCAUCCCAUGGCGCUGCUCAGUCCCGGCCCAUCCUCUCCAUGCUGGAAUCCUGCAGUGGCCUCCUAACCAGCCUCCCUGCCUGCCGCUCCCUGCACACUGGUGCCAAGGCUGGUUCCAAAAUGUGAAUCCUCUCAUGUCACUCCUAUGCUAUAGAGCCCACCGUGGCUCCCCAGAGCUUUCAGGAUCAAAUCCUUGGCUCAACCCCAGGCUCUGCUAUCCCACCUCAGUUCGCCCCUCUGAAUUCUUGAGUCAUCCUCUCGAGCUCUGUUCUAACACUCACUCGGCUUGCUGGGUCCUAGUGUGCCUCAUUCUUCCGGGACUGUGCCUUUGCACAUGCUCUUCCCUGCCUGGAAUAUCCUUCCCGGAUAUUCCCACCUGGACCACCUCUGAACCCCAGCUCAAGUCUCACAGCCUCCAGGCAGCUUGCCUUGACUUGCCCAGUCCACGCUCCCCUCUGGCCCCUUCCCACUGGAUCAUCCCCACUGCUCCUGGGGUCAGGAGCCAGGUCCUUCACCCCUGUGGCCCCAGCAUAGUGCUGGCACAUGGUUGGAGCCCGAGGCUUUAUUCAGUGGCUCAAAGAAUGCAAAGGCAGUGAGUGUCGCACUGGAGGGGGCCUUGGCAGACAGGGAGCUGGGAGACAGGAGUCUAUGCCACCUCCACUCCUAACCCCCAGUGCCACUAUGAGGAUGUCUUAACCGCCUCUCUGAGCCUCAGUUUCCUCCUAAGGUUCCAAAAGGAGACGAUUGCUCCUCACAUCCCUCUGACCUGAGGGUCCCCAAAUGAUUGCCUUCCUGGCAUUUCUUCUGGGACCUGGGCAGCUGCCCUGGAGGCCCCAGCCCUCAGUGGCCACGCCCACUGCCACUGAGCCCACCUUGGCCUUCUGGACACUUGUCAAACAGGCUGAGCAGGAAGCAGGGGCUGCUCCAGUCAAGGGCAUGAGGCUGGUGCCUGGGUCCCAUUCAAACUCCAGCAGCGGGGCUUGGAUCAGGCAGCUUUAUUCCGAAGGGCAGCUGAGCUCACCUCCCAGUGAGGGUCUGGGCUGUGAGGGCCCAGGUGGCAGGCAGGGGUGGGGCAAGGACCCUGGAGUCAGGACUUCCCCACCUUUUGGCUUACAGUGGCAGCGGGCCCACCUGGCAGUCUCCAGGGCUCUGAGGGCCCCCUCCUAUGGAAGCACCUUCCAUUCCCAGAUCCCAAGUUAGACCAGGGGCUUCGGAAGCUGGAAUCUGCUCUCUGGAGGCAAGGCUGCCCAAACAGCCUCUGUACAGAGUGGGGCGCACCUCAGACACUCCUGGGGAUGUAGAACCAGCAUUCUUGCUGCUGAGCCACUUCCUUGCAUUAGGCAGCAGUGGAGGAAGGGGACGGAGGAGAGAGAAUCGGGAGGCAGAAGGGCUGGGUGUGGGCCUGGGUCCUCAGGGGACGUCUUGACCCCCAGCUGCUGGCACUUCUCCAUCCUCCUGCCAUCACUGGAGCAGACAUCAGGGACAAGACAAGAUGCCACCUCCUGCCACCACAGGGCCCGCUCUCCCCCCCCCGCCAGAAUACUUGUCCCCCUGCUUGGCAGUUGCCCUGGGCUCUCUGAGUCCAGGAGGUGGGCCCCGCUUUGCAGGGGGGCAGUUCCUCAGGUCACCACUUGCUGGAUCCAGCUGAUCACACCUGUGAUGCGGGUGUAGACGCCGAAGUAGUUAGGCCGGCCACAGCCCAGGCCCCAGCUGACCAGCCCCGCCAGGAACCAGCGGCCACUGAGUGCCUUGCACACCAGCGGACCACCUGAGUCACCCUGAAAGGGGGAAAGGAGAAAGGACUGAAGCAGGGUAAGGGCACCCCCUUUUCCAGGUGAAGAGCCAUAGGGAUUAAGUCCUGAUUGUUGGGAAUUGACUGGGUGCCAGAGUCACGUUCAGUCUUAAAGCUCUGCUUUCCCCUCGCCUGCUAAAUGGAGAGAGCCCAAGCCAGCCCUCCCCGGCCUCCAGCCAGCCUGGGACCUCCUGGAACUGUGGCUGUGUCCCCACGCCCCCACUCUGCCUCCGCCUCCCUUCUGUGGCUGACACCCCUUUCUUCUUCCAUGCAUCCACCCCACUGUGGGACCCUGGGCCUAGUGCCUUGUGGUGGGCAAGGAGCAGAACUGGGUUUGAGCCUAACACCUGCCCGUCACAGCAUCUCUUCUGAUCUGUGGCUCUGCAACCUUGGGCAAGCUCCUCAACCUUUCUAAGCCCCAGUCUCCUCUUCUGUAAAGUAGGGGUGGCCAUCACCACCUUGCUGGGAGGAUGGGAGGCUUCAGCAGGCUGAUGUGAGCAAAGGGCCAGACCCUGGUGAUGUGGGCAGCAUCCUUUCUCCCUCCUCUCUCCCUCCCACGCCCGGGGGACUCACCUGACAGGCAUCCUUCUUGCCCUUGCGGUAGCCGGCACACAGCAUGCGUGGCGUCACCUGGUAGCGAUAGGCCUCGCUGCACAGGUCCUGUGGGAUCAACUGCACAUCCACUUUCUGCAGAGCGUUGCUGAUGGGGCCUGUCCGUGGUCAAGGGCAGAAGUGAGAUCUCAGGAGCCUGGAGCCCCUGUUCUCUAUUCUCCCUAACAUUAUUCCCUUUGCAUCUCAGGAGCCUACUUCUCUCCUGCUCUGCCCACCCUUACCCCUGCUGGGGUCGCACCUGCCCCUCUGCCUCCCUGUCACUUUAUUCUAGCUCUUUCUCUGUGGGGUUCAUGGUGACAGAGCCCCCAACCAAAGCCCAUGUGGAGGGCCGGGCACGGUGGCUCAUGCCUGUAAUCCCAGCACUUUGGGAGGCUGAGGCGUACGGAUCACCUGAGGUCAAGAGUUUGAGACCAGCUUGACCAACAUGGAGAAACCCUGUCUGUACUAAAAAUACAAAAUUAGCUGGGUGUGGUGGCACAUGCCUGUAAUCCCAGUUACUCAGGAGGCUGAGGCAGGAGAACCGCUUGAACCCGAGAGGAGGGGGAUCCGAGCCGAGAUCGCGCCAUUGCACUCCAGCCUGGGCAACAAGAGCGAAACUCCGUCUCAAAAAAACAAAAAAAAAAGAAAAAAGCCCGUGUG